GCAGCCCCGGCGGCUAUGCCGAGGGCCCGGAGCGGCCGGCGGAGCAGGGGGGCCGGCGGGAGGGAGGAAUAGACCUUCCUGCGAGUGCGAGCCAACCGGCAGACCCGACUGAAUGCUCGGAUUGGGAAAAUGAAACGAAGGAAGCAAGAUGAAGGGCAGGUAUGUCCCCUGUGCAACCGCCCCCUGGCAGGAUCGGAACAGGAGAUGAGUAGGCAUGUGGAGCAUUGCCUUUCUAAGAGGGAAGGCUCCUGCAUGGCUGAGGAUGAUGCCGUGGACAUCGAGCAUGAAAACAGCAACCGCUUUGAGGAGUAUGAGUGGUGUGGGCAGAAGCGGAUACGGGCUACCACUCUCCUGGAAGGUGGCUUCCGAGGCUCUGGCUUCGUCAUGUGCAGCGGCAAAGAGAACCCGGACAGUGAUGCUGACUUGGAUGUGGAUGGGGAUGACACUCUGGAGUAUGGGAAGCCACAAUACACGGAGGCUGAUGUCAUCCCCUGCACAGGCGAAGAGCCUGGUGAAGCCAAGGAGAGAGAGGCACUCCGGGGUGCAGUCCUAAAUGGUGGCCCUCCCAGCACCCGCAUCACACCUGAGUUCUCUAAGUGGGCCAGUGAUGAGAUGCCAUCCACCAGCAAUGGUGAAAGCAGCAAGCAGGAGGCCAUGCAGAAGACAUGCAAGAACAGCGACAUCGAGAAAAUCACUGAAGAUUCAGCUGUGACCACGUUUGAGGCCCUGAAGGCUCGGGUCAGGGAGCUUGAACGGCAGCUAUCUCGGGGGGACCGAUACAAAUGCCUCAUCUGCAUGGACUCAUACUCAAUGCCCCUAACGUCAAUCCAGUGUUGGCAUGUGCACUGUGAGGAAUGCUGGCUGCGAACCCUGGGUGCCAAGAAGCUAUGCCCUCAGUGCAACACUAUCACAGCGCCUGGAGACCUUCGGAGGAUCUACUUGUGAGCUAGCCACCCAGGCAGGCCUUGCCUCAAGCAGCCUCAUCUGCCCCCAGCCUCUGUGACAGUGACCCUCUCCCCUUGUACAUACUUGCACACAGAUUCCCCAUGUACAUACAUUCACAUGCGCACACACAAGCAUACACACACACACAGGACUCUGGAGCCAGAGUGGAGGCUGAGGCCCAGGCCCUGCCUGCUAGCUCCCACCAAGCCUGGGGACCAUACUUAUUCUGGCCUCUGUUCCCAGAGUGGGGCAGGGAGGUGGGGGUGGGAGUAGAGGGGCAAGGCUCCUGAGAUACAGCUCCCAGAUGGACAGACAGACAUGCAAACACCAGACUGAAGCACAUGUAAUAUAGACCGUGUAUGUUUACAAUGUUGUGUAUAAAUGGGACAACUCCUUUGCCCUCCAUGCCCCCACCUUCGGUUGUAUGAUUUUCUUCUUUUUUUAAGAACCUCGGGAAGCAGUGCCUCCUUCAGGGCUGGCUGGGGGCUCGGCCCAUCCACCUCUUAGGGUACCUGCCUCUCCCUCUCCCAUGGCGUCCCUUCCCUCUCCCAUGUGCUCGGUGUUCAGUGGUGUAUAUUUCUUCUCCCAGACAUGGGGUACAUGCCCUGAGGGACAUGACCCUCUCCUUAGUCUUAGCUCAUGGGGCUCUUCAUAAGAGUUGAGGGUGAGGCAGGAAGAAGGUCCCGAGCUGAAACAGAAGCUGAGGUUGGAGCUGACUGAGAUGCCCCCGGCUGUAGCCUUCUGCUGAGAACCUUCCUGGGAGUAGAGAUGCUGUUCCCAGGGAAAAGUUGUCUCCCUGCCCCUCCUGUGGGCCCCAUGGUGUGAUGCUGUGUCUGUAUAUUCUAUACAAAGGUACUUGUCCUUUCCCUUUGUAAACUACAUUUGACAUGGAUUAAACCAAUAUAAACA